UAAUCCAGCCCCAAACCAGAGUUAUAUUGACUCCAAGUCCAACAAUAGAUGCCAUUGGACCAAGGCAGAACAAAAGAACAAGCUAAAUUUGCAUCGCUACACGUGGCAACAAACGAUUUGCUGUACCAGACUGAGGGAAAAAACCGGACGCGCCUUCACCAUUCCUACCUCCUUUCUUUCUCGCGACGACUAGCGCAGUUGCGGUGUUCGUCGCCGCCCCUAUCAGAAAGCUGAGGGAGGAGAGAGAGAUAGAUAGAGAGAGAGAAGCCAUGAACAGAAGAAACGAUAUUCUUCUGAAGAUCAUUGUCCUCCUCUUCGCCCUCAAUUCUUUCUCCCUGUUCCUCUACUUCACUUCCUACUACUCCCCCACCAAGCCUCCUCUUCCCCGACCUUCACUCCGUAACCUUCGAACGCAAUCACAAUACUUGAAACCUUGGCCUAUCCUCCCCUCUUACCUCCCCUGGACCCAAGCCUCCACCAAUUCUGUAGAUUUCCGCUCCUGCGAAGCCUAUUUUGGUAACGGCUUCACUCAUCGCGUCGAUCUCCUUUCCUCCAACAGUUCCGGUGGCGGCGGAUGGUUUCGGUGUUGGCACAGCGAUACAUUGAGGAGCUCGAUAUGCGAGGGAGGGAAGCUUCGAAUGUUGCCGGAGAAGAUCCAGAUGUCAAUGGGAGGCGAGAACUUGAAGGAGGUAUUGGGGAGGAAAGAGGAGGAUGAACUUCCUAUGUUUCAGAAUGGUGCGUUUGAGAUUCACGGAGGGGAGGGGCUUAGUGAGGAGAAGCAGCUCGUGAGCCGAGAGUUGUUGGAUGAUUAUGUGCCUCGGGGUGAGAUUCAGAGGCAUACGAUGCGCGAUUUGAUCAGUUCGAUCAGGGUAGUGGGUGAGAAGGGCUUCGCUUGCGAUGAGUGGAUUGAGGAGCCAACACUUCUUGUGACACGCUUUGAGUACGCAAAUCUUUUUCACACUGUUACAGACUGGUACAAUGCAUAUGUUUCUUCUAGGGUCACUGGCUUGCCAAAUCGACCUCGUCUGGUCUUUGUAGAUGGCCACUGCAUGACGCCCCUCGAAGAGACAUGGAAAGCAUUAUUCUCAAGUAUCGGAUAUGCCAAAAACCGCAGUGGGUCAGUUUGUUUUCGCCAUGCUGUUCUCUCACCUCUGGGAUAUGAAAACGCGCUAUUUAAAGGUCUAACCGAAGAUAUAAAUUGUGAUGGAGCAUCUGCACCUCAUCUAUGGCAAAACCCCGAUAAUCUCAAAACUGCACGUCUAUCGGAGUUUGGAGAGAUGAUCAGAGCAGCUUUUGAGUUACCCUUAAACCAACACCAUGUAAGGAAACCAACCUCUGGUCACAAUGUCCUUUUCGUUCGCCGGGAAGAUUAUUUAGCUCAUCCUCGCCAUGGUGGCAAAGUCGAAUCAAGGCUUACUAAUGAAGCAGAGGUAUUUAACUCUCUGAAGAUCUGGGCAUCUGGCUACCAAGGAUGCAAAAUCAACCUUGUGAAUGGAUUGUUUGCGCAUAUGCCUAUGAAAGAACAGGUCCAAGCAAUUCAAGAUGCAUCAGUAAUCAUUGGUGCUCAUGGUGCUGGUCUUACUCACAUCGUAUCCGCAUUGCCUAAAACUGUGAUUCUUGAGAUAAUUAGCAGCCAGUUCAGGCGUCCACAUUUUCAGUUGAUCUCCCGAUGGAAAGGAUUGGAGUAUCAUGCUAUAAAUCUUUCCGGUUCAUAUGCAAAUCCGCAGGAUGUUAUCAGUGAGCUGAGCAGGAUAAUGAGAAGCCUUGGAUGUUAAGGGUUUGGGUUGUUUUGGACCAGAACUUUUGAUCUCUUAACUCAGCGGAUGGUAUCAGUUUUGCUUGUGGUAGAGCUAUACCUACUAUGUGUACUUGGGAAUAUACCAGAAUUGAGUCUGACUGAUAAUGGUUGACAAAAGCAGCCGCUAAGGGGCAUGCUAUCCUGCGGCAUCAUCAUUUGUAUAUUGAUUCUUGGCUGUAUAUUACGAUAGAUUAUUAUUUAUUGCUCCUUUUUUUCCCAGAGUGCUAAUUGGAGUAUCUAAUACUGAUGAAAAGAAGUAUUGCAUAUGAUUUUUGUCCCAGAGGACAGUUUCGUUUUGAA